UGUUAUCACAAUAUUUGCAUUUCACUGUGUCACUACUGUCACUGUUCGCUCUCCGGUUUCUUUGAUCUUUCUAAUUUUCUAUCAAAACUUGAGUACUGAAGUACUGAACCUACAUUAUCUGCAUUCUGCAUAGGCACUGCAUUGUAUACGGUAUUCGACCGAAUUUAUAUAUGUUUAUGUUAUUCUUCGAGUAGUGUCGUUGAAAUUAAUCGCUUUCUCGUGUUGUUUAGAUUAUCACUGCUAAGAAAGUAAACAGAAAAUCAUGAACGACGAUGAUCAGGAAUUCAAGAAUAUUGUACAUAAGUCUAAUCAUCUGUUACAAAAUAUACCGACUGGUGCUGUAGAUCCGGGCAGAGUUGCUCCACCAAUUUCCACAACUCCACCAAUUACCACAACUUCUCCACCACCACUUCCACCUCAUAAUACUCCUCUCAACACGAAUGUACCGAGAAUUCAGAGAAGAACGAUGCCAACACAAUAUGCUAUCCCUAAUAUGAAUACUUACAGUGGACUAGCUGGAGCACCAUACAAUAACUAUCCAUAUAGGGGUAUGGCGAGCAUGAACAUGGGUGGAUUCAAUCCUUAUGGUGCAUAUGGGCAAUUAACAAAUGGUCAAUACCAAGAUCCAAUUGUUAUUGCAGCAGCUGAAAGUUCUCGUCCAGCUUUUGAAUCUAUACAGGCUGUUGUUCAAUCAUUUAACUCAGUCAGUAUGAUGUUAGAAUCUACAUUUGCUGCGAUGCAUAUGUCUUUUCAAGCAUUGUUAGGUGUAGCUGAGAAUUUUACUCGUCUAAAAAUGUUUAUGACGAAGUUGUAUUCAACUAUUAUAACAUUCAAACUAGCUCGUUGGUUUUUGACAAAAAUUUUUUAUCUUCUAAGAAUGGUAAGAGGAGAUAGAGGAUCAAGUGCUGAAGAAGAUUUGUGGUCAGCUUUAUCAUCUACAGAUAAUAGACAAAUAAUUCCUUCUGAUGGACGAUCUUGGCCAUUAGUAGUUUUUUCUGGGCUUCUAGUCGCUACACCAUAUUUUGUAUACAAAUUACUCAACUCAGUUACACCAGUACCUAACUCAGCUAACUCUAGUGCUGCCAUCAACACUCUACCUUCAAACAUGACAGUUGGUAUUGCACAAUAUGAUUGGAAUAAUAGAGAUCCAAAAACUAUAACUUUGGUUAAAGGAAAGUCUUAUUUGACAUCUCAAGAUCAUUUAGCAUUAGCUAAACAAACGGGAUGGCUUCUUGUUGAUAAUUUUGAUGGGAAACAGGGAUAUGUACCUCUGAGUGCUUUUAAGACACGCAGACCUGAUAAUCAUCCAAUAGUGUCUAAGGUACAAGGUACUCCCAAUCCUCCAAGUUCUGAUCUAGCACCAUCAAAUUCAGUUUCUGAACAAAUGAAACCUAAAUUAUCAACUCCAAUUACUGAUGUUCAUGGCAACCCGAUACCUUUACCACAUCCAUUGGUGGACUGUGAUAAAUCCAACAUUGAUAAACAGUGAUAGUUAAAAAUAUUGAUAUUAAUUAUAUAUUUGUUAUAUUCUUUAACAAUGUUAUAUAUGUAUUCAAAAAAUGAU